AUGGCUGUCAAGAAGCACCCAAACCCUUUCAUGGGACUCGACUACUUCUUUGGUUUCAUAAACGCCUUCAAAGGUGGAUACCUUCUGGAUUUCAAUAAAUCUGGAUUCGACGAGUAUGGCAAGACAUUGUCGGUGAACUCUUUCGGAACGAGAAUUUUCAAGACUAUCGACCCAGAAGUGUCCAAGGCCGUACAUGCAACUUAUUUCGCCAACUUUGGUCUUCAAGGUCUUCGUUACGACACGGCCACACAUCUUUGGGGUAACGGGAUUAUUGUGGUCGACGGUCCCCACUGGAAGCAUGGAAGAGCACUCAUGAGACCUUCUUUUGAAGUGGUCCAUCUGGCAAACAUGGAACGGCUGCGAAAGCAUACGGACAAGUUUCUCAAUCUUGUCCCGAAUGACGGUUCUACAGUCGACCUUGCCCCCCUCUUCAAAAGACUAAUAUUAGACACCACCAGCGAAUUUAUUUUCGGAGAAGCUAUGGGCGCUCUUGAAGAUUCCAAGCAAUGCAAGACUUUCAUGAAUGCUUUCGAGUACGCCCAGCGAGGCACUGGCAUUCGCUCUGUUCUCGGUCGCCUCAAAUUUCUUCAUCGCGAUAAGAAGUGGUGGGAGGCCUGUAAGGAAGUGACUGAUUACGCGGACAAGCACGUCGAUCUGGCGUUGGAGCGCUUGAGUCGCAGGGAAAACGAUGCUCAGUCAAGACCCGAAUCAGAUCGUAUAAGAUUGGUAGACGAAAUGGCACGCGACACUCAAGAUAGAGUCACCUUGCGCUCCCAUAUCAUCAGCGUUUUCAGCCCAGCGCACGAUGGAGCUGCCACUGUACUCACCAAUGUGGUUUUCCACUUGGCGCGGCACCCCAAUGUAUGGGAUCAAUUGAAGAAGGAAAUUGAGCCAACGAAAGACAACUUGUUGACUUACGAGCUGCUGAACUCGUACCAGUACCUAGAAUGGGUGCUGAAGGAAAGUGAGUCACACCUUGGCUAG